UCUCGCAGCAUUUCGGCAGUUCUGCUUUUGGAGUUUUCACAUACACACGUUAACCGGAUUCCUCGUCUCUAUACACAACAGAAUUUAUACAAGAUGUUGAAGUUCUCUGGUAUCGGUAUUGCUCUUCUGGGACUUGUCCUCGCUAUUGACGGACAGAUGGGAAUACGUGAUGCCCGGUGUGAUAAUCUGCUGGACGGCACAGGGAACGUGAUGGCUAACGGCAAGGCUUGCAGAGAGUUCCUCCUGUGCUGGAACUACUAUAUCUACGGCCCUUUGCCCUGCGCUGGUGACACAUUGUUCAACUCAACAAGCGGCAAUUGUGAUGCAACGCAAUGCUCCGAUGACAGACAAGGACCUUUGGACGGGUGUGCUUUCACGGGUGCUCUACCGGAGGACUGCAGCCGAUUCGUCACCUGUGCCAACGGUUUGGAAUGGCAGUACCAAUGCGGCAAGGGAACCUACUACAGCAACAGGCUGCUCGUGUGCGUCAGCCCCUUAGAGUACCCGGAAAUCCCAGCAAUACAGGGAUGUGCCUACUUUCCAUUAUAACUUCAGUAACUACACCAGCUGCAUCUACAACUGCAGCAACUGCAUCUACAUCAGAUACACCUUCAGCGCUUGCAACAAUCUCGCCCUGACUAGCUGACGGCUAUCUCACGGGAAAGAAGUCAUUCAGAAAAGUUGAGAUAUAUUUUUUAAAAUUGCAUUGUACUGAUAUGUUUCACAAACAUGAAAACAACCCGAGAGAACGAAUAACAAUUUAAAUCAAUAUUCCUCAAUUGUUUUAUUGCUUUGACAUUAAUUGUACCACUGCUAUUGAAAAAAGUUGAAUUACUUUGCA